CUAUUUCAGGUGUUUGAUUUGAUUAAAAUUAUCAUCUUGUUGUUUGUGUAUAUGUUCCCUCCUCGAAAUUAAUAAUAGUCGAGUUAAUAGUGUAAUUUGAUCUAGUAAUGUGACAAUGUGACCAAGUAUUGAACCACCUACCUCUUGUGGGGGUUUGUUAGGUUCAGUAAGCAAUGUUUCUAAAUUUAAGGGUUUUAGAGAUAUUUCUUUGUUAUUGUUGAUUGGCAUCAUGUCCAGUUAUGAAAAUUAAGGUAAAAAAUAUCUCAAAAAUAUCUUUCUUUUUCACCCUUUUGUCUUUUAGGCUUUAGCUGCAAUUUCUGAUUGUAAUUCAAGUACUGCUCAGUAGUUGUUAUUGGUUCUAAUAUAGAAUUGGACUGUGUUUUGCUUUGCUUGUUACCGUGACAUUAAUGAUUCGAAAGCGAGUUUAGAGCAAUUGUUGUAUGAGUUCAUUUUCACGGUAUAAAGGACUAUAGUCUGUAGGACAGACUUACUCAAUGCGGCCGAAAUGUAGUUGGAUCAAUUUUUGUAGUAUCCAUAGUUUUGAACUUUUGAUAUUUUGAUGUUGGCUUUUAUUAAUUUCGUUUUUGAAUCAUGAGGAGCACCUAGUAAUAGAAAUUGUUGUGCUGGAAUCUGUGCAGUGAGCUUUGUUUGUGACCUUUUUUCUUUUUAGCAUACUGUUCUUGAUUCGCGCUAGGAUCAUCUAGGAGAAAGUGUGCGAAACUGAUCAGAAUGGGGUUGCGAAUGAAUUUAUUGCUCCUAUGUUGUUUAAAUCUGGCUUUAUCUGCAGUGAUGGCAGUCGGUCCACCAACUUGUCCUGCUGAGGGCAGUGGGUGUGAUACUGAUGAGUGGGUAGGGGAGUUCUUCCCUGAAAUUCCCAAGAUUAAGUAUGAGGGACCUAACAGCAAGAACCAUCUGGCAUUCAAAUAUUACAAUGCUGAAGAGGUGAUCCUAGGAAGGAAAAUGAAGGACUGGUUUAGAUUCAGUGUUGCAUUUUGGCAUACAUUCCGUGGAACAGGAGGUGAUCCAUUUGGUGCUCCCACAAAACAUUGGCCAUGGGAAGAUGGCACCAAUUCUUUGGCCAUGGCAAAGAGAAGAAUGAGAGCUAACUUUGAAUUCAUUGAUAAGCUUGGAGUUGAGUUUUGGUGCUUCCACGAUAGGGAUAUAGCUCCAGAUGGUAAAACUUUGGAGGAAACUAACAAAAAUAUGGAUGAAAUAGUAGCUUUAGCUAAAGAAUUGCAGGGUUCCAAGAUUCAUCCCUUGUGGGGUACAGCUCAAUUGUUUCAUCAUCCUCGUUACAUGCACGGAGGGGCUACAAGUCCUGAAGUCGGGGUAUACGCAUAUGCUGCUGCUCAAGUAAAGAAGGCGAUGGAGGUGACUCAUUACUUAGGUGGUGAAAACUAUGUUUUCUGGGGUGGCCGUGAGGGUUAUCAGACACUUUUAAAUACGGAUAUGGGAAGAGAACUUGAUCAUAUGGCAAGGUUUCUUGAAGCUGCUGCCAACUAUAAGAAGAAGAUAGGGUUUAAUGGAACUUUGCUUAUUGAACCUAAACCUCAGGAGCCUACCAAGCAUCAGUAUGACUGGGAUGCAGCAACCGCAGCUAAUUUCUUGCGUAAAUACGGCCUUAUAGAUGAGUUCAAACUUAACAUUGAAUGCAAUCAUGCUACACUAUCUGGUCACAGCUGUCAUCAUGACCUUGAGACUGCUAGAAUAAAUGGCUUGCUUGGAAAUAUUGAUGCAAACUCUGGAGAUCCUCAAACUGGCUGGGAUACCGAUGAGUUCAUGACAGAUAUUGCAGAAGCUACCAAGGUUAUGCUCACUGUCGUAAAAAAUGGUGGGUUGGCUCCUGGAGGAUUCAACUUCGAUGCUAAACUCCGAAGAGAGAGCACAGAUGUGGAGGACUUGUUCAUUGCACAUAUUAGUGGAAUGGAUACAAUGGCUCGUGGACUCCGAAGUGCUGCCAAGUUAAUUGAGGGUGGAACACUUGACAACUUUGUGAAGAAGAGAUAUCAGAGCUUCGACUCAGAGAUUGGGGCUUUAAUAGAGGCGGGCAAGGCUGAUUUUGAGUAUCUUGAGAAGAAGGCCAUUGAAUGGGGUGAACCUAAAGUUCCAUCUGGCAAACAGGAGUUCAUUGAGAUGAUUUUCCAUUCCGCGUUGUAGAGUGUAUAGGAGAGGCCGAAAGAGCAUUCUACACCAUGUCUAUUUAGAAUAACACAUACGUAAGGGUUUAGAAGAGUUAGGGAACUAGAUCUUGUCUGCAUCCAGUGUAAUGCAUCAAAUGUAUGUUAAAUCGUUGAUCGACAUUGCUCUUGGCAGAGUACUGUGAAAUAAAUAUUUAUGUUCGCUGGUUUCAAAAAAAAAUAUUUAUGUUUCA